AAAUGCAUAGCCGCACGUUAAUCAUCCGCUUCCAUGCUCUAUUAGGGGUUUUGUUUGUGCUCAUAUUUACAUUUUUGUUGGAAGACGUAUCAGCACAAGAGACUCCAAUAAUUUGUAGAGUAGCAGGAGCUGAACCAUGUAAUAUAGGUCGACUCAUUCCAAAUGUCAAAAAACAAGAGUGUUUUGUAGUUGAACGUUCCAAUUCUGAUGUGAAUAAUCUGUGCCGUGGAGAACAUGUUCCCUUAGUGAACUCCAUAUAUACACCAACAAAAAUCACACAUGUAGCGCAUAUAUGCUGUGCUAAUGGGCCAGAUUUUAAGUACAUCACUACUAUUUUCUUUACGGGGGUAAUAAAGCAGGCUGUCGAAUCUCACAUAAUCUAUAAUACUGAAUGGAGUCUGCGAUCUAGGUUUUAUAAAGUGGCUGGCGAAGAAAAUCUAGUUUAUGGAAUGCGAUUUAGUAUAGCAUUUAAGAAAUCUGACUGUAGUGCUCCAGAUGGUUUUCUAAGUUCAGUGAAAAAUACAACAUACUCCCAUCAUGAUGAAACCUACCUAGCUGAAUACAAUGAGCCUGAAGGCAUAAAAUCAUUUACGGAUGAUGUUGUACUUUGUUUGUGUCCACUCUAUGGAAACUGUUCAACUGUAAAGGACUAUACUGUUUUCAUUGGCCGCCCUUCUAUAGAAGGUCCUUUUGUAGACAAACAGUUGCGAGUUGAUUGUUCUUAUGGUCAAAAAUGUUUCAUUGAUAUUAAAGGCAGCUAUAAGGUUACAUUGGAAAAAAUAGGUGUUGGAAACCAUACAUCGGUGAAUAGGUAUAAGAUACUAGAAUUAUCAGGCAAACUUUUUGAAUAUAAAUAUAACACGGAUACAACUGCGUUAAUGAAGUCAUCUAAGUUAGCCAUUCUUUGGAUCCCAGGUGAUAAGAAGAUAGCAAAACCAGUGAAUAUCGGAGUAUUAUGGGUUCACAAUUUCUACAAGGGUGAAUAUUACGUAUAUCCUUUUGGUAAACAGAAGUUGCAUACAUUCUUUAUGACAAAUGUAUGGGAAGAUCCUAAAUUUUUUAUACACCAACUUGAGGAUCCCACGAGCAAUCAAACUCCAGAUGAAAACAGCGUUAUAUCCCAAAGUGUUUCAGAAGUUCAACUUCAAAAUAAUCAUCUUUUGAUUGAUUUUAAAUUUGACAUAAACCUGCACUAUGGGCUAUAUGUUGUUUGGACCGGUACAAAGGGCAACAGUGAAUUAGAAGGUGACAUGGUAGAAAAAGCAGCAUUCCUGGCUCAUCUAAUACCCAGAGGCGUAACAUCUUUCGUGCACGCUACUGUAUCUGAUGAUGAUACCAUAUACCUUAACAUGCCUACCAUUAGGUUGGACACAAAUAAUGACUCAGGAUCAGUUAUUUUAGCACGGAGAUGCAAGUUUGGGAAAGUUGAACUUCCGUAUAUUACUCCAACCGGUGCAGUUACUUCCGUCACUACAUCACCUAUGGAUAGAUAUUCAUUGUUUAAAUGGGUUCAUACGGAAAACGCCUAUGAUAUUACACCUGGUGACACUUUACGUUUGUGUUGGUGCGGUGUUUCUUUGGAUAAUCAUAUGGCAUGCACAAAACGGGAUUAUUCAAUUCACGUUGGAAAUGUCUACGUCCAGCCCAGAUAUACUGGCACCGUUACAUGUUAUUUAGGACGCUUUUGUAUGAGUUUCGUUGAGUUUAAAACUGAGACACCUCCUAAAUAUUUUUUAUCACCUACAUGUGAGCAAUCGACUGCAUUGGAAUUUGAACGGGAGGGAACGUACUUCAAGACUACGCUGGUUGCAGAGAAUAAGAAGCUGGUGCAUAUUAAAGGGCUUCUAGGAUUAUCAGAUAAUCUGCUGGGAGGGUAUAUGCUUUGUGCCGAAAUUAAAAGCACUGAUGGAGUAACAAUGGCAAUCGAAGAUGCUAAGCAACGGUUCAUUAUUUCAAGACGAGUAUUGGAACAAAAUCGAUACUACCUUUCCAUGAUGGAUUCUGCUAAUUUGAUAUUUAAUGAAAACAAGCUUUAUUACCAGUAUAUAAUUCUUUCUGAAGAUUGUAGUGGUCCAGGGGAAAAUGAUGAUAUAAUUCAAUAUGUUAAAGGAUCCAUGACGGCACAUUCUCAUGUAGCAGGUGGUAUGUAUCAAGUAUGUUGGUGUCUGUUAGACUCUUCCACGUCCUGUAAGAAUCGUCAGGAUUUCAAAAUAGUCGUCGGAGAAAUUUAUUUCAGUGGAAUGCAAAAGAUAAAUGAUGCCGGAUGUAACGUUCGCUCUUUUUGUUCUUUGCGUCUAGAAUAUUGGUCUUACUAUGACAAAAUUGAUAAAAUAACAAGAUUGCCACCUAACAACUCCAUGUUGAGCAUACAAAGAUCUGAAUGUAAAUUUGAACAGCACGAUUCUAACCUAUUAUAUUUUGACGGUUUAGGACAAGAUGAACUGAUGGAACAAAAGGAUAAUAUACAUACAUAUAUAAACAAAAUAACCUUUGCAGGUAUAGUACAGCACGUUGUUCCAGGGCAAUAUAGUCUUUGUUAUCUGAAUUCGGAUACAUCUUACGCUGCUAAAAUAUCAAAUAUCAAUCUUUUGGGCGCUUUUAUCAAUUCUUACGAUAUUGUCGUAUAUUUGGGCAAGCCCUUUACCAUAUUAAUACGAGGUAAAUAUGUUGGUGAGAUUAGUGGCUUUUUGAGUACAGAUGAAUCGUGUAAUGUGGAAGCCAAUGAUGAAAGAUACGAGGUAAUAAUGACUAAAAAACCCAUAGUGAUUGCGGAUCAUACAGGCAUGGACACUAUAAUAUGGACGAAUGUAUUGAUAUUACGCACUGCAUUGGGGCGUCGAAUGGAAUUACAUCGCAUACAGAAGCAAGAUGUAGUGUACUAUUUGUGUACUUCUACGAGUUUGGGAAAUCAAAACACUGGAUAUAUGUUUAGCCUCUUUAGUUUGCAAAUGAUGAUGAGAACGAGAACAUCGCCGCCUGAAGGUAUGAGUGAUAUUCGGCGUCAUCUCAGUCCUUCUACAUAUGUUACCCUUCUGAUGAUAAGAUAUAUUAAUCGACCUAGUAAAAUUGAAUCAUGUGAAACCAAUACAUGGAGGCAACAUCUUGACAACAUGGUAUUGUCAAUUUACAAAAAAGAAGAUGAUUUUGCUGUCGAUAAUUUCCCUACGAUGAACUACACUACCAAUGCGUAUAUAUGUGCUUGUAUGGGUAGAGCGUGCUUAACGUUUGGAGAUUUUCGUACUAGCAUUAUGGAACCAGAGGACAUACAGCAAUCACUUUUCACUGUUAUGCCUUACGAUAUGAGGCCUAUUACUAAAACGCUAUACGGUAGUUAUUUGAGUUAUAAGGAUCGUAUUAAACUUUUUUCUGGACAGUAUAACUGUGGUGAAUUUGAAUCGAGAGACCUAUUUUCCUCUAGUGUUACAGAUCAAAGCCAGCGAACUCCUUCAAGAAGAGACAAACUGCCCGCUACAAUUCAUCUUGAUAUUAAUAGGGAUACAGUUGGUGCUGUUGAGAUUUCGAAGAAGGGGGGGUACAUUUGGAAGUCUAGAAAUUUGCCCAUAGUAAAUUCCCCAGGUACUAAUAAUCUUCUUUAUCAAAUAUGUUUUUGCCCCUUUAUGUUCAAGAAAAGUUGUUCAUCAACGAAGGAUUAUACUGAAUGGAUAGGAUCAGUCAUUAGUUCACCUGUACGCAAGUCAGGUGGGAAUAUGUUGCGUAUAACCACAUAUCCAUCUAAUGUAGAUUACCGUCUACCUCAAUGUAGUCAUAAAGUAGCAUCUCAGUCAGAUGUAUCUUACCAUGACAUGGGAAGGUCUAACAUUGAAUUAACUGCUUUUCUGUAUGACUUUUUGACCACGCACCAUACGAAUCGUCAUGGAUUUUUUAUAGAGGUAUGCGAGGCAACCCCGAGUGAAAGAUUUGACGAGCCUCUCACAUAUCAGCGUGUCUUUGGAGGUCUUCACAGUGGUUAUUUCCCAAUGCAAAUGAGUUUUGUGACUAGCGGUGUUAUGCAAGAUGUCGUGAUAUAUGGGAACAAUUUGCCACCUGGAUAUGUUACUAGUUUUGUGGUUCUCCGAUCUAUUGGCACCUGUGAAAAUGUGACAAAAGAAGACAGAGUAUCGUUUGCUAAAGGUAUGACUGCCAUUCAUUCUGAUUAUGUUAUAUUCCGUGGCAUCACCAUUGCUGAACCGGGGCUUUAUAAAUUCUGUAUACGCAUACGUCCAAAACAGCUCAAACAGCAAAACGCCUUGCGUUGGUUUUCUGUAGCGCAGGACAUCGAGAUGCAAACAAAAAGAUUACAGGCCAAUCUGGCAGCUACUAUGUCCAAACAGAAUACACCUGUGCCAUCACCGUUAGAUGCAUCAGCAAAGACAAAUAGCAGUACUACCCCUGCAUCAAAAACGGAUGGUUCUGAUGCCCACUCUUCACCAUCAGAUGGAUCAGCAAAUGAACAUGGUCACCUCCAUAAUGAGGCAAAAUUUGCCAACCAUCGCCAUCAAAAGACUAAAAGUAUCGAGCAUUGGGAAACAGGUGGUUUGAUUGAAGUUGUUGACUACAAUGUUUUUUGCCUUCCUGAUAUUUUAAUUUUGCCUUUUAUGACUCCCUCAGGUUUGCCAUUUGAUACUAGGCCACAGCAAGCAUCGGGCUCUUGCAGCUCCCUUUGGUAUCAUAACUAUUCAGUAUUAUGUGUUGUUGCAAAAUAUCGUAUUGCUAUAGUGACCGACUGCAGAAAUAACUUGUGGUUAUUACACCUUCAAUUUUACAAUUCAAAAAGCUAUGUACCACCACAGCGGUUAAAUGCUUUAAAUCAAGUUGCAGAACCCGAACCUUUAUGGAAGACGUGCAAAUCGUUUUUGGAUAGUCAAAUUAUCUUCCUGGGUUCCAAGUACAUCACGUCGAUCUCAUUACCAAGCAAAGGCAAUGGUGGAUCCAUUCUAUAUACGUUCAAGCAUGGAUUGUCCAGUCCCUUAGAUUUCACUAUCAUUAACGGAAUAUUUCUGAUCUCAGAUGAAUACACGCGUUCUUUAACAGCAUUUAGUUCUGGCAAUUUAAGCAAUAUGGAAGAAUGGAAAUCCCGUACCCUGUUGAAGUCGUGUUACCACAAAGGGUUGUACUCUGUAGAACGUCUAAGCGUAAAUAGUGAGCUCUAUGCAAUUGAUGCAGUGAAGAAUAACCUAACUCGUUACAUUGUAAACACUGAUAACUUGGACCUGGUGGAAGACUUGGUAUAUGAUGGGUUCUCGAACGUUGAAGGCCUAUAUGCGGCACCAUUAACCAAUUUGUGUUGUGUUGAUGGUAAUUUUUCAGGGUUUGAAUCAGAAGAUAUGGGUAUUGUGUUGGUAGGGGAAAGCAUUACUGGUCGUAUUUUAGUCCUUACGGUGAAUCACCAGACAAUGGAGUUGACUAAAGUAAUCAACACCGAAGUCGUUCUCAAUGGAGUUCAAUUUGUCAACAAAGAGGAGUUACUGUUAUCAACAUGGCGAAUACAACAGGGCCAUAAAACCAAUUGUAUUUACUUAAGGACAAUCGCAUCUUAUGUACACUUGUGGUUUUACUAUAGUUUAUUCACAAGAUAUACUAUAGGGAGCAACAUUGAGCUGGUACCAGUUUUGAAAGGUGACAAGUUUGACUAUUUUGUGGAAAGUGAAAAGGAUGAUCGCUCAAGCAUCACGUUAGGGCAGAUGGGUCUGCAGCUUCAUACUUAUACUGGUGUCAUUACUGGUUCAUUGCGCUUGAGUGGGUGCCAUACCGUGGAAAUUAUAGGAGCAAAUCUUCUGAAGUUGAAGUCUUAUAAGAUGUCCAUCUGUGGGAUAUGUCCACCUUCUCACCAGUUUAAUUUAGAUACUCAGACAUGUGAGCAGUGUCCCAUUGGUUUCUACCGUAACGACGAAAAAGAUGAUGUAUGUCUAAGUUGCGAAACGCUGCGCAAAAAUAGUACCACUGUUAUGCUCGGUGCUCGUGUGAGCGGCGAUUGUCUUUGUGAUAAGAACUACUAUUUGAAAGAUGACGAAUGCGUUCCUUGCGAAGCUGGUACUUUCAAAAAUGAAGUUGGCAAUUCUCCCUGUACCGGUACAUGCGCUGCAAAUAGAGAGUAUAUGAAAAAAGUGGUUAAUGGGAAAACAGUAUCUGUAUGUAUGUGUAUGCCCAAAUACUUUGAUCAGGAGAUUGCUAUAAGAGAUUGGAUGCAAUUACUUCCUGAAAUGUGGAACAUAAUCGGUCUCACAUUUGACUAUGAUACUCAUCAGCCUACGAAUAUGGAGGAGCUUUUGGGCAGAGCUGACGCAUGUCUCCCAUGUCCCGUGGGUUAUUAUUGUCCUGGUGAGGAAGCAUUGCCUAAGAAGUGCCCUUUCGGUUAUACAACUAAGGAUACGGCAAAUGAUAGCGAAUCAAGUUGUGUAUGUGACCGCGGUUAUGGUUCUUUUCCAAACGUCGGUUGCCAAGUAUGUUCGGGGUUUGGUUACAAAGAUGUGGUGGGAAACGCAGAGUGCAAAUUAUGUCAAGACGACCCAUUUCUACCGGCGACAGUUCCAUUGCUACCUAUAAUGGGACGCAUACAUGUGGUUACAGAAGCAACAUGGGAAAAGGAAUUGGCACAAUACAGAGAUUUCCAAGGAGAGCUUUACCCAGCACUAACGGAAUUGUUACAGAAGAUAACAUUAUUUUCAGAUACCGACCAUUCUCGUACAUCUGAUAGAUGUAAAUAUUGUAUAGGUGGUACUUAUUUUGAUGUCAACACAAGGUCUUGUCUGGAGUGUCCCACCGAUCGUUUUUGUCCUGGAGGGGACUAUCAACCACUGAGCUGUGGUUUUAAUGGUUUUACAAGAACACAUCGUAGUGUAACCGGUAUGGAUUGCUUUUGUGAGCGAGGCUACGGGAAUACGUUGGAAGGGCGUCAUCCUACGACCGGUGCUAUUGCGUGUUAUCAUUGUCCUGCCGGAUACUUCCAGCAUUUACAGUAUGUAGAUUAUGGUUGUUUACCAUGUCCCAAACGUUCAUCGACAUAUAACUAUGGUGCAACUUCUUUGUUUUUCUGUUCUCCUGAUUCCGGGACCUACCUUUCAGUUACUAGAAAAAAUCGAAAAACACAGACAGUUACCGAUUUACUAAAUGAGUAUGGUGAGAAUUUUGAAGAUAUGUUGAUGCAUUCUCGUGACCAUGCUACAGUUGCUUGUUAUCAUACUGUGCGUUCCAGUAUCAAAGGGCUACAUUCUGAGAAGGUACUUCGUGAUUCGUUUUCGACUUGCAAAUCCACUUGUUUGUACAAUAUAUAUUGUUAUGGGUUUUUAUAUGAACCAACAAUUAGGUUUGUGGAAUAUGAUUCAAACCCUCAUAACGCUUAUGAAACUACUGUGUUCAACGGGUUGAGGUUUUUAAAACGAUCAUAUGGAACAUGCACCCUUUACUUUUUUUCUUUGGAAUUCGACAGAGGAGGGCGUUUUAACGGUCGUGAUACAUCUGCGGAUGAUAUUGUGUCUGUAUGUCGAAUAUAUGAUAACACUUAUGAUUAUGAAUUCGUCACAAAGCCAUGUCCGAUUGGGUAUUAUUGCCAAGGUAACUCAGGUUAUACACGAUGUCCGGAUAAUUCAACCACAAUGGCAGAAGGCGCGUAUGAUUCUAGACAAUGUUUAUGUCUUGCUGGUUAUGAAGCUUCAACAUCGCAGAACAGUCUGUGUGUUCCCUGUAGCAUUGGAUCCUACAAACAAGAGAUUGGAAAUGUUUCUUGUAAGAGAUGCCCAGAUAGGUUCCGAACAUUUAAAACUGGAUCGAAAUAUAUUACUGAUUGUGCCUGUAGUUCAGGUUACUAUGCAGAAUUCGCAAAGAGCAGUUCCAACACAGGCCCUGAGACGAUUUAUAAGCGCUUGAAGAACCAUACAGUGUUGCUUAGUUCUGAAGAAGAUAUGCUCAAUACCUACAAGGAAUUGGUUUUAGAGAAGCAGGAAAUCAGUGAAUUCGUAUAUGAUCAUUCAAAUCCUUAUAUUGUUAAAAUUCCGAAUGAAAUUGGUAGUCCGAGUAGCAAUGUUGACUCUUUUAUAUUUUUGUCCAAGGCUCUUUUAACAAUUCCACAGAAUUCUCCGGCAGCUAUAAUUCCUGCUGACUAUCAUAUGAUUUCUUGUGAGCGGUGCAAGAUUUCUCACUACUGUCCCGGUGGUUGGGCUGCUUCCUCCGAUCGAAUGAUACAUAACAUCCCUUACCGAUGUCCCGAAGGUGCGAAUGUUCCUACAGAAGCUACAAAUGCUACAUCUGUGACGCAAUGCUUAUGUCUUCCGGGUUACCGUUUGAAUACUGAUGCUCCAGAAGGUGUUUCUGUGGCUAUGCAAAACCUUAUGAUGAAGAGGAAUUCAAAGUUGUUACCUGAUGAUUACGAUUGGUUUCCUAAGCUCUCUGAUAUAGAAAAUGCAACAUCCACUGCUACCGGAUCUGGUAAUGGCAAUAAUGAUCCCCUGAAAUUAGAUCCCACAACGAUGCAAUCUACUUCAGAACAUGGAUCCGUUGAUGGUAGGUGGGUUAGCCGACGUUCUCGUGCCCAAUGUGUCAAAUGUGAAGCUGGUAUGUAUAAGGAAGGGCAGGAGAAUUCAUCCUGUAGUGGACGAUGUAUGCAGAACGCUACUACAUAUGGUGGUGCUGUUUCACAGAAACAAUGCUUUUGCAAUUAUGGCCGUUAUAUGACUCUCGAUGAUACCCUAGGGUCAAUGCAGUUAAGAUGUGCUCCUUGUUUGAAAGGAGCGGUUUGUCCUGGAGGCUUCUUUGAUUCAGUUAUUGAAGAGCUGAAAGGCGACCGUACAUUUACAAAGAUCAGGUUACAUGAUCACCGAAGGCCUAUGGCACGGUUUGGAUACUUUGGUGCAUUUAAACAUCAAGGCAUCGAUUUAUGGUCUCCUGUAACACAAUAUCCGUCAUCGUUGAACCAGAUAUCGACUGAUUUACUUGAUUUCCAUGCAUGUCCUUUAGAGUACCUUUGUACCAGCGAUAACGCGAUGCCUUGUGAUGUGGGUUCAACAGGUUACACGUGUAUGAACUGUAUUGAUGGAUACGAACGAUCGUAUUUCCGCAGCAACUGUUUACCAUGUAGUGGUAUACCCAAUGCUAUUUAUAUUUAUCUUAAGACAAAAGUCUUUUUAUGGAUAAUCUGUUCGGCCAUAUUAUAUCUAUUGCACAAGAAACUGUAUUACCAAUUUGUCAUUAUAAAGAUAUGGCUGGAGUUUUGGCUUUCUAUGGUACCUUAUGGAUUGUUUCCCCUGAACUCGUCAUCUAGUUUACAACGAUUUUCGACAAAAUACAAUAUGAUAUUUGGGUAUCAACAACGCUUUUUUAGUUAUGUUCGUGUUAGUUGUAUGGCUAAACGGUUUUUUAACUACAACCUAAGUACUUUCCAAAGUUGGUAUGCACAAAGGCUCCUGAUUGUUGUACAACCAGCUUUCGACGGUCUAACGCUUUAUUUUAUGCUUUUGAUAUUACGCAUAUUAUUUUACCCAAUAGGUAAAGUGCGCCGUCGUUUAUCGCGUAGGUACAGUACUUGGUCCAGUUCGGGGUCGAGUGUUAGCAGUUAUGACGAUUCUGCUUCUUGGAACGCAACUACUAAAACCAAUACCAACGAAACAAACGAGAUAGUUAGUGGUGAAAUUGUUGUUACGAAUAAGAAGCCUCCACGUAAACGGUCUCUCUGGUUAGGAGCCCCCCGUUGUAUUUUAGUGAUGUAUUAUUUAAGCUUCCAAUUUAUUUGUCAGGAGCUUCUUCAAACAUUAUGGUGCGUACCAGUUCAGUACAAGUCAGAGCCACCUAUUAGUGUAUUGCUAUAUCAUCCAUCUACUGUUUGCGAUUUCAAGGAUCGCAUGUUUUUGUUUUCUAUUAUUACAUCUUGCUUCCUUUUGGGUUCACUGUUUCUUACUUCUAUGUUCCUGGUAUUUCUUUCCGUGAGAAAGCGUGGCUAUAUGCAUCUUUUCAGCAGUGGUCGUCAACGUCAUACGUUGUCAUGGGAUGCAGUUUUGUUCUUUCGCAGAUUAUGUGUUGCCGUUGUGGUUAUAUUUCAGCCUUAUACUCUUUCUACGGGUUCAUCUGAGAAGUUACGAAUGAUUGGUAGCUUACUAAUUACCACCGUGCUCUUAAUUCUACAUUUAUCUGUCCUACCAUAUCAGGUUCGAGAUGAUAAUCUCUUUAAUCGCCUGGAGUUAUUUUCUAUGCUAUUAAAUUCGUCAACAGGGUUUCUUAUACUAGGUAGUUUUAGCUAUGACUUCAAUUACACUGGACUAUUUCCAUUGGGUGCUAGUAUUUUGUACUCCUGCCUUCUGCUUUGGUACAUGCUUGUUGAAUGUGGAUUCAUUGCUGAUUUACGUCCGGCUUUACGCCGUCGUUUUGGUAUAAUACCUAAUUUUUGGUCAUUCUGUCGCCACUUGUUGUUGUGGCACUGUCAUUCUCACAUUACCUUCAAUUACAAAAGUGCUGAGGUAGUUAUCGAACGCCCCUUUACCGGGCAUACGUCUUCAAUUAAUCGUGCAGUCAAUAAUAAACGGCAUUAUCAUGUGUCAACUACAGCUCGACGGGGCAUGUGUCUUUGCAUUGAGCAGUCUGUGAAUCGUUACGUGAUGGAACAACGUAAAUUCUGUGUUCCGAUAUAUUGGGAAGAGUUCUUGGUACGAUAUUCAUUCGCCUAUAAACAUCUCAAUCAACGUUUACGUUGUGGAAAUGUCGUAGGAGCCAAUGUUCGAGUAAAUGAUACGACUUCUAGCGAGAUAUUUGACGGUGGUCCCAUCAACCCUUGGCAGAUGAGCAUAGCAACGCUCAAUGUGCCAAUUUCAUCUUUGAUUUCCAACUACCGAGAAUUUGAAAGCAGGAAACUGGGUUUGCUAUAUGAGUUAAAGUGUACUUACUCCGAGCUUGGUGUGGAAGCAACUGAGGCACUGGCGGAUCGUGAUACUAAUGUGCGUGAAAUGAUAGCUAAGGUACACGAAUUAGAACGACUACGUAAACUGAAGUCACACCUUCAUAUUAAAAUGACUGUACAUCUUCGCAAUGCAAAAGAAGGGCAACGUGUAACCCAUGAGGUACAAGAUAUAGACGCCGGUAUAGUAUCACUCGUGGAUACACCCCUAACCAACGACGAGAUUAUAGAAAAAAUUAGAGCUUUGAACCUCCGGGAGGAAUCUUCCAAUUCACACAUAAUGUAAUAUAAUAAGUCUAUUUUAUAACGCGAAAAAGUGAGCCCGAAGGGAUUUGAACCCCCAACCUUCCGAUCUGGAGUCGGACGCGCUACCGUUGCGCCACAAGCCCCUGACCGAGGUGCAAUA